AUGGCAAUCGAACCAAACGAUGCCAUGGAGUUGGCAGUGGUAUCAUCUCCACUCCAAUCUCACGCCGUACGAAUUCCGGCCAAUGCCGAUCUAGUGCCAUCUCUGCUGGAAGCGGCACACCAAGCCAUGCAACACUCCAAGGCGCAGUCGGCAUUCGUCAUGACGGCUGUCGGGAGUCUCUCCACCGUUACAUUGCGAAUGGCAGCGACGGAUAAGCAGGAACCUAGAAGUUCCAAAAAAAGGAAAGCACAGGAUGAGGGAGUUUCCUUGGCAGGAUCCACCGCUCUGCAAGUGAAGACCUUUCCCAACCAUUUUGAGAUAGUGAGUUUAGUUGGUACUUUCUCCAAAGGCGGUGGCAAACAUCUUCACAUGAGCGUCUCCAAUGCCCAGGGACAAGUAUUGGGAGGACAUCUCGUGGGUGGAAAGGUAUUCACCACCCUCGAACUGGUUCUGGGAACUAUGCCCGGAGUUGCUUUCACCAGGGAAAUGGAUGAAAUAUCGGGAUACAAAGAGUUGGUGGUCAAACCACAGCAAGAUACAAACAGUGCUGAAGAAAAGAACUAA